AUGAAGCCCGCCACCCCCAGCAAGCUCCGCCGAUCCGACCUCCCGACAGCCAUGUCUGAACAGCUCAGUAUAUGUGAGGUGGAGAUGAACGGCCUCUACGACUAUUCGUCCCUGACGCCCUCACAAAUGACGUUUGAUCACCACCUCCAGCACAUCUACGCCGCCGACCCGUCUGCACAGUACGCCGAGUACGCACCGUUCGCAGCGGCACCCUCGCCCGGAGGCCUGAGCCUGUACGGAGCAGACGACGUGAACGGCAUGCCCUCGUCUGGCCUGUCCACAGCCUCGGCCGACUCGUCCGCAGCGGGAUCGCCGCAGUCGAACCCCGUGGGUAUGACGCAGGACUGGUCGGGCCAGGGCCAGCAGCAGCAGCAGCAGAUGCACCACAACCAGCACCCCGGCAUCGUGGGAAACGACUACGUCUCCCCCGCCGAUUUUGGCGGUGCUCCCGCUUAUGCCACCCUCGACGAGUCCAUGGCCGUCACCUUUGAUUUCGGACAGCAUCAGCCCAAGGGAUUUGUCGGCAAGACCGUCACAUUCCUUAUCUGA